AUGCUGCUGCAGGCCACUCGCUCCUCCCUGGUGUGUCCUGCUCGCCUGGGCUCCUGGUCAGCCUCAGCGAUGCACCUGAGCGUGGCAGGCUUCCAUCUGUAUCAUAAGUUGCCCACAAUCGUGCCUGAGAGCUGCCUUCUCAUAAUGGUUGGACUUCUACUGGGGGGGAUUAUUUUUGGAGUUGAUGAAAAGUCCCCUCCUGCGAUGAAGACGGACGUGUUCUUUUUAUAUCUCCUCCCACCCAUUGUGCUCGAUGCGGGCUAUUUCAUGCCCACUCGCCCGUUCUUUGAGAACAUCGGCACCAUCUUCUGGUAUGCGGUGGUUGGGACACUCUGGAACUCCAUCGGCAUUGGGGUGUCCUUGUUCGGUAUCUGCCAGAUUGAAGCCUUUGGCCUGAGUGACAUCACUCUGCUCCAGAAUCUGCUCUUUGGCAGCUUGAUCUCCGCCGUGGACCCCGUGGCUGUGCUCGCCGUCUUUGAGAACAUUCACGUCAACGAGCAACUCUACAUCCUGGUCUUUGGAGAGUCCCUGCUGAAUGAUGCAGUGACAGUGGUCCUGUACAACUUGUUCAAGUCUUUCUGCCAGAUGAAGACCAUUGAGAUCAUCGACGUGUUCGCUGGGAUUGCCAACUUCUUUGUUGUGGGGAUUGGUGGCAUGUUGAUUGGCAUCUUCCUGGGAUUUAUAGCAGCAUUUACUACUCGGUUCACACACAACAUACGGGUGAUCGAACCACUCUUUGUCUUCCUGUACAGUUAUUUAUCCUAUAUUACGGCUGAAAUGUUCCACCUCUCAGGUAUCAUGGCAAUCACCACUUGUGCAAUGACUAUGAACAAGUAUGUGGAAGAAAACGUAUCUCAGAAAUCGUACACAACCAUCAAGUAUUUCAUGAAGAUGCUGAGCAGCGUCAGCGAGACCCUGAUCUUCAUCUUCAUGGGCGUGUCCACCGUGGGGAAGAACCACGAGUGGAACUGGGCCUUCGUGUGCUUCACCCUGGCCUUCUGCCUGAUCUGGAGAGCACUGGGUGUCUUUGUCCUGACUCAGGCCAUUAACUGGUUCCGGACCAUCCCCCUGACCUUCAAGGACCAGUUCAUCAUCGCCUACGGGGGGCUCCGGGGCGCCAUCUGCUUUGCGCUGGUCUUUCUCCUGCCCGCCGCCGUGUUCCCGCGGAAGAAGCUCUUCAUCACGGCCGCGAUCGUCGUCAUCUUCUUCACCGUGUUCAUCCUGGGAAUAACCAUUCGACCACUAGUGGAGUUUCUUGAUGUCAAGAGGGCCAAUAAGAAACAGCAAGCUGUCAGCGAAGAAAUCCACUGCCGGUUUUUUGAUCAUGUGAAGACUGGGAUUGAAGAUGUUUGUGGACACUGGGGUCACAACUUUUGGAGAGACAAGUUUAAAAAGUUUGAUGACAAAUACCUGCGGAAGCUUUUGAUUCGGGAGAACCAGCCCAAGUCCAGCAUCGUGUCCCUGUACAAAAAGCUGGAGAUAAAGCACGCCAUUGAGAUGGCCGAGACCGGCAUGACAAGCGCCAUGCCUUCCUUCACGUCCCUGAAUGACUGUCGCGAAGAGAAAAUACGGAAGCUCACGCCCGGCGAAAUGGACGAGAUCCGGGAGCUCCUGUCGCGGAACCUCUACCAGAUCCGCCAGCGGACUCUGUCAUACAACAGACACAACCUGACGGCCGACACGAGUGAGAGACAGGCCAAGGAGAUCCUGAUCCGCCGCAGGCACAGCCUGCGGGAGAGCCUCCGGAAGGACAGCAGCCUGAAGCGGGGCCGCAGGGCUUCCACUUCAGCCUCCCGAUACCUGUCCUUACCAAAAAACACAAAGCUUCCAGAAAAGCUACAAAAGAAAAAUAUUUCUAAUACAGGCGGCAGCAGCGACUCGGACACGGAGGCCGGGACCGCCGUGCUCAACCUGAAGCCCCGCGCCAGGCGCUUCCUGCCCGAGCCGUUCUCCAAGGGCCCGCAGCCCUGCAGCAUGGAGUGGACGGACGAGGCGGGCCUGGGCCCCGGCCGCCCGCAGCCCUGCGCCCCCCUGGCGCCCCGCAGCAAAGAGGGCGCCACCCAGACCCCCGGCGUGCUCCGGCAGCCCCUGCUCGCCAAAGGCCAGUUUGGCCCGGUGUGGGAAGACAGUGCGACCGCAGGUGACCGGCCCAGGCCGCCCCCCAGGCUGGUCCGAAGGGCGUCGGAGCCCGGGGGCCGGAAAGCCCGCUUUGGGGGCGAGAAGCCCUGA